CACACUCAUGCAUUCUCGCACGCUAACUGACGCCUCUCGAACGUGUGUGUGAACGUCGUCCAUUUUAACGUGUAGAAUCACCUGUCUGUCAAUUAACACGCCUGGCCAGGUGGAGUGACCAAGGCUACUCCUAUACUGAACGAAACUGACCGGUAGAGAAAGAGAUAGGGAGAGAAAAAGGGAAGAUUAGUGCUCUGAAAAAGGUGGACAUUCUUCUAACUCCUCCUCCUCCUCCAUUCCUGUCAGUGAAAUGGCAAGGUACUGGUGCCCGUUACUGCUCCCUAUUACCUGCUUACCUGCAUAAUUCCCAGGUGUUUACUCGUGCCCCUUGUUACUAGUGCGUGUACUCGUGUGUCCAUCUGGUAGUAGAAGCCGGCCGGUGUGCAUGUGUACGUGCUGUGUGCCGGUGUGUACGUCAGCAAGAUUUUCACAGCCCAUCCGGUUGUUGUAACGUGUGCAAUACCUCUGUACGUUGUGAGCCAUAUGGUGCACACUCCGCCCUGUCCGUGUAUACCUGUGUACAGGGAAGGGUGAGGAUAUUGGCGAGUGAGUGGAUCUACUGCUACUACUGUUAUUACUGCUGCCAGUGUUUCUGUGUGCUAGUGUGUGUUUCAAGCGGUCUUAGCGUGACUGGCCGUGAGCAGCAACAGGUGGGUGGCUAGCCAGUACCACCACCACCACCACCACCGCCAAAGCGUCUCCAUAUGGCCGCUGUGUCACUGGGGGUGUGUUAGAGAGCCCCUGUGCCAGCCUACAGUAAUGGUGAUCUAGUGGUGAAGCCUUAAUCACCACCAUCUCUUAUCACCGCAACCACCCCUCCUCACCACCACUACCCACCACCUGCCUAGUUUGGGUAUGUGGCCUGGGUAAGAGGACCACAAUGUACCGCAGUCGCCGGACGGGAAGGGGUAGAGGUAGGUGGCAUUCGUGGGGAGGAACUGUAGAGGAGAGUCACAUCAUACGGCCUGGUGGUGAUGUGGGUCCCUUCAGUGGUGGUCCGGGCGGGGCGGCCGGGGCAUCGCUGAGGCUGAACCAGUACCCUCAACCCCACCCACCACCCACAGCAACCCCACAGCCUUCCCAGGGCCCACCACAGUUACGCACGCAACAGGCCCCUCCCCACAACGCAACAGCUGCUCCCCCCGUGCCACAUUCGCAGCACCAUACACAUACACAUGCUACGUUAACACAGCACUCCCAGCACCACCAGGUCUUACAGACUGGCGGAGUUGGUGGGCACGGAGCCGGUGGAGUGGGAGCAGGUGUAGGUCAAGUGGGAGUGCCACCUGGGCCCAGCCCAGCACCCCCAGGACCACCUCACGAGUUAGGGACGCAGCCGCUCCCACCCGGGUCAACACCACAGAUACAGCCAGCUUCAGGAGGGUCAUUACCAGUGGCGUCCGCUCACAACAUGAUGUACCCGCCAACAACACAAAAUCAGCCUCAGCCUCCACAAGGAAAUGCUCAGGGCACAUACUUCCCUCACCCCGGAGGACCUAAUCCACCCCCACACCAGCCCCGACCGGUGACCCUUACUCAUUCACAAGCUAUACCAAACUUUUCUGUAAUGCCACCCAACAUGGUACAUUUUUAUCCCCCUGCUGGUUCCAGCAACUUGAUUUACCACAUGCCGUUUCAGCCUGUGGCUCCCCGCCAGCCCACCCCACACACACAACCGGGGCAGUAUCACCCGACCCCCAUAGCCCCAGGUCAUCCGCCGGCGCCGUAUCAGACGUUACAUUACCAACCAAAUCAGGGAGGUAAGCACGAAGCGCCCGCCACCAUCCAGUACCGGCAGCCUCAAGGAGUCUACUACCCUCCUGCCUCACAACCCCAAUUGAAGCCCACCAUGAGUCAGGCACCACAGAGGGAGAAGAAGCCACUUGCUAUCUUGGACCCCAACACUGGAAAAAACAUCCUGGAUGACAUUAAUAAUGAAAAGCCAGACAAGACCCCAACUCCACCCCAGUCUUCAGAAUCGAGUGCGCGAAACACUCCUGCUCCAAGUGGCACACCACCUACCAAGACAGAAUCAGCUGCAAUAGCUGCUAAGUUUGCAGAAGAGGUUGCUAAAAAAGCUGCAGAAAAGGACAUUGAUAUAGAAGUAUCAGAACCUGUAGUGAGGACUAACAAACAAAGUGACUCUAGCUCUAGUACAGUUAUAAUUAGUGAUAGUAGAGAAAAAGAAAAAUUAAACAAUAGUAUAGGGAAUAAGACCGAACCAGUGAAUACCAGUUUAGUGGACAGUGCUAUCGGAAAAGUGGGUCCUGACACAGUGGAGGCCAUCAGUGUUCAGGCCAAACCGCAGCAGCAGCAUCAACAGCAGCAACAGCAACAGCAACAGCAACAACAGCAGCAACAACAGCAGCAACAACAGCAGCAACAGCAACAGCAACAGGACUCCCAGCAGCAAAUGCCACUGCAACAUCUUCAGCAGGUGCCUCCAUUGCAGCCACAACACCUGCCCCAGCAGGUGCCCCAACAGUCAAUGCAACCAAGUAUACAGCUGUCACAAUCUUUACAGCAACAGCUGUCCCAGCCAAAUGUACCACAGUUGUCGCAACCAACUGUGCAACCAUUGGCACAGCCUGCUGUGCAGCAGUUGCCACAGCCACCUGUGCAGCAAUUGCCACAGCCACCUGUGCAGCAGUUGCCACAGCCAUCUGUGCAACAGUUGCCACAACCACCAAUACAGCAGCUGCAACAGUCAUCUGUACAACAGCUGCCGCAGUCAGCUGUUCAUCAACUGCCCCAGGCACCACAACAAAUAUCACAGCAAGGGACACAAAUGAUGUCUCAGCUGCCACAACAGUUGUCUCAGCAGGCACCUCAGCAGCCACAGCCAAAACAAAAAUCACCAGUUCCUCAACAUAACCCAGUCACAUCACAACAGAAGCAACAGGAACAGCAGCAGCAACAGCAGCAGCAGCACCAACACCAGCAGCAGCAGCAACAGCACCAGCAGCAACAGCAGCAGCACCAGCAACAGCAGCAGCAACAGCAGCAGCAGCAGCACCAGCAGCCACCCAUACAGCAGUCUCAGCAGUCUGUACAGCAGCUACCACAACCAUCCACAGAAACUCCACCUCAACCACCUUCACAAUCUCAACAAACACAGAAGCAUGUAGAAUCUUCACCAAAGACUGAGCCUCCUACCAAACCACAGGUGUCAGUACCGCCUGAGGUCAGAGAACCUCAAACUCCAGUGAAGCCAGAGUCUGUGAAGCAGACUAAUCCAAAACCAAACGUUGUGCCUACACCACCACCCAAGGACAAGGAACCCACUCCAGAGCCACAGUCUACUCAAGGCAAACGCGGGAAGGGCCCACGAGAAGAACCUGCCCAGCCAGCCCAGGACACAGUGGAUGAUGGUGCUGCUCCACCACAACAGCCACAGCUUCCAGCACAGCCACAGAAGUCAACACCACCACCACCUGUUCAGCAACCAAUCAGUAAAUUCACUGUCCAAGUUCAGAAUACCAAAGAAAAGGAAAAGAAAGAAAAGACUCCAGAACCUCCUACUCAGGUGAAGUCCCAGCCAACACCACCCCAGAAGACCUCCCCCUCCCCACCACCUGUGAAGGAGCCUGCCCCUCCAGCAGCAGUGUCCCCAGCUGCCACCAAUGAUGAGGCAGAGGCAAAGAGAGAGUCAAAGGAGAAGGAAGUUAAUAAUGUUGAAUGUGAAGUUAAUAAUGUACAUGAAGAAAAAGAGGAGGCUGUUGAGGAAGAAGAGGGAGACAAUCAAGAAAAGAAGGAAGAUGGGCCACAGUUGAAAUACAGUUACAAAGAAGAUCAGUGGAGUCCAGUUAAUCCAGAUGGAAAGAGGCAAUAUGAUAGAAGAUUUCUUUUGGAGCUCCAGAAUAAUCCUCUGUCUCUGAAAAAGCCUGAAUCUCUGCCUAACCUGGAGGUGGUACGAGAUGGACCUGGAAGGCCCAAAACCUUUGACCCACGGGGUGGUAGUGGACCUGACUUCAUUCCUGACUAUGUCAAGUCUAGUCUGGGGAACAAGCAACCUAGAAUGGUUAGUCGUGGCAGUCAGCGAGGACGUGAGCCAGGUGCACCAGUUCCUCGAAGUACUAGUGGACGAGGAGGGAAAAUCAUCAUCAUCCAAUCCACUGGACGAGAGCCAAAACUUAAAACCACAGAAAAUGCAUGGAAGCCUUCCCUCAAAGAUAAUAGUUCUGCAUCAGAUGAUAUUCAGGUGCUGAAAGUCAUGAAAGGUAUUCUCAAUAAGCUUACUCCUGAAAAGUUUGGGAAGCUGGUGGAUACAGUGAAGACAAUGCCUAUCAACACUACAGAAAGGUUAUCAGCUGUUAUUGAUCUAAUUUUUGAAAAGGCUGUGGAUGAACAGAGCUUUUCAUCAACCUAUGCCCAGAUGUGCCAAGUUCUUUCAUUGAUGUCUGUGCGAGGGAAUGGCAGUGAGUCAAACUCUGGCAAGCAGGAAGUGAAAUUCAGAAACCUUAUUAUCAACAAAUGCCAGAAAGAGUUUGAGAAAGAUAAUACAGAUGAUUUUAGAACAGAGCGGAUAAAGGAAAUUGAAGCAUGUACAGAUCCUGAGAAGAAGCAAGAACUAGAGGCAAAGCUCAUGUAUGAUGAAACCAAACUAAGGAAGCGAUCUGUAGGAAACAUUAGGUUUAUUGGAGAACUGUACAAGCUCCGCAUGUUGACAUCUCCAAUUAUGAUGCGUAUUAUUGGCACAUUAUUAGAAAGAGGAGAUGAAGAAUCCCUAGAAUGUCUUUGUAAGCUUUUAACAACUAUUGGAAAAAUUCUUGAAACUCAGUGUGCCCAGCAGCCUAAGGCAAUGUCGGAGCUGGACAAGUAUUUCAAGGUAAUGGAUAAAAUUGUUCAAGAGCGCCAAACUGUAACCAGAGUGAGAUUUCUCAUGAUGGACGUCAUUGACUUGCGACAAAACAGCUGGGUACCGAGGAGGGAAGAUAACAAACCAAAGACUAAGGCUCAGGUUCAAGAGGAGGUGAAAAGAGAAGAGUUUGAGCAGCAAAUGGCUCUAGCAUCAAACCCAGGUCGGCGGGAUGACCGGGACAGGGACAGAGAUCGUAGGCGGCUUAGAGACAACCGUGGUUCCCAGAUGUCUGAUGAAGGUUGGAGCACAGUGGCAUCUACUAAGGGAAGAACCUCCUUUGAUUCUUCCCGGUUAAAAACUUUCAGCAGGCCUGGUGUAACUGAAGUAACGUUAAGAAGUAACUUUGGGGAUUGGGGUCGUGGCAGUUCUGGUGGUGGAUUGAAAGACCACAGUGAAAAUAAGCAGCAGGAAAGCAAUCGUUUCAAUGUGCUGGUGGACAGCAUGGGUAGCAAUUCAUUGGCAGGAGAUAACAGGAGAAACACUCCCUCAAUGGGAGGUAAUCGUCUGGCUCCUGGCAGUGGCCCUGCCCGACAAGGAAGCUUUGGCAGCAAGAGUAUGCCACCACUAAAUGACAAAGAAAGUGCAAUCUCUGCUGUCAAGAAGUUUGUUGCUCCAGAUCGUAGUAAAUCAACUAGUCGCCCUGAGUCGAGGGACAAUUCUAUACCUCGGGAACCUGAGCCUUUGAGAGGAUAUGCUCAAGUUGAUGUAGAUGCACUACAAAAGGUUUCAGUUGCAAUUGUUGAUGAAUACACUCACAAUAGUGAUCCUGAGGAAGCGAAGUUGUGUGUAAAGGAGAAGUUUGAACUCAAUACCAUGAAGUUCUUUGUACAGUUUUCUUUGGAAUGGGUUCUUGACCGUGAUUCCAAGAAGAGAAAAAUGGUUGGGCAGUUGUACCAUGACCUUAUUAUGGAGAAACUACUUACAGCUGAGCAGCUCUUGGAGGGUUCACAAGAGACUUUGGGAAUGGUGGAAGACUUUUUGAUAGAUAUUCCACAAGUGUGUGAUUACCUUGGUGAAAUAUUUGCUCCAUGUCUCAAUGACAAUGCUGUGUCCAUACACAGACUUGUAGAUUUGGCUCAAUAUGCUGGAAAUAAGAAGGCACACAUAAUUGCCUCCAUCUUAUCCAGAGCUGCAAUGAUUAUGAGUCCAAAUAAAGUUUCUGAUCUGUGGAAUUCAUCUGGUAUUAGUUGGUCUUCUAUAUUACCUCCCAGUGCUAAUAUUGAUGAGUUUCUUACAAAACACCAAGUUGAGUUUACUGUCGAUAGAAACAAGACUGGAAAUCAUAGUGGCUGGAACCCCCAGAAGGUGGAGUCAGAGUUCCUUACGCUGUUCAAGAGAGCAUCAAAUGACGAAAUCUUUGGAUGGAUUGAUGCAAAUAUUGGAAAUGAUGCCAAGAGCAGCAAAUUCAUUCGUGCCUUGGUCACCGCCUUAGUUGAAAGCCAAGCGGCAACUUCAAAUGAUGGUUCUUCUAUUCGUGUGAGUGAAGAUUUUGAGGAGAAGAUGAAGAACCGACUGGCUGUGGUGCUGAAGUAUGUGGAUGGCAAUGAAAUGUUGGAGAUGCAGUGCAUCUAUGCCCUCCAAGCCCUCUGUGUUAAGCAUCAAUAUCCUCAAGGUCUUCUGGAGAAGUGCUUCAAUGCCUUUUAUGACUCAGAAGUUGUGUCAGAAGAGGCCUUUGAAGAGUGGGUGAACUCCAAGGACCCAGAGGAGCAGGAGGGUAAAGGAGUGUGUAUUACCUCUGUCCAGAGCUUCAUGCGCUGGCUAAAGGAGGCAGAUGAAGAAGUAUAAACAUUGAGGAUUUGUCCCUCAUGCCUCCUGAAUUCUUCCUUAACAGUGUUAAUAGAAACAAUGGCUUUGUUACUGAUCAAGAAUAUAUUAUAAAUGAGUGAAUUUGAAGAAGUGGAGCCAAACAUUAGAUAUUUGUGAUUUUACUACAGCUACUAGUGUCUUGAGCCUGGCACGAAAGGCAGAUCUUUCUAAGGCUAACCUACUUUUUGUUGGAAUGAAGUGUUGAUGCUGGCUGUCAACCUGCCGUCUUUCCCUGGUGAGGGGUACACUGCAGGCUGACACCGUGUACAUGCAAGAGUAAAUCUUUAAUCUUGUUUAUGCUGCCUCUUUCUUACUUUAUUUAUUUUCUAUGUAAAAAGUGCACAUGGAAAGAGUAAUAAUGUGAAGUGGAAGUGCAGAUGGUUUUGUAAUGUUUGCUAGGGUGAGAAUUGGUUGCAUAUUAUUGUUAUUGUGUUAUAGCAUAGUAAAAAUGAGAAUUGCAUUCCCUACACUUCCAAAAUACUGAAUGAUUGUAUAGAAAAAAAAUAUGCAUUUAGAUACAUGAAAAGCUCAGUUACUUGUUUACAGCUUGGCUCCUCAUAAGUUUUGUAAUUAUGGCUCAAAUUCUGUGAUUUAUUUUGUAUAUUUAUAUAUAUAUAAAUAUAUAUAUAUAGUUAAAGUCAUGUACAGACCCGAGCAUGUGCCUAAGGCUGGAGGAUAUGCUUGCUGGCUGCUGUCAACUCCCAUGAACUCCUCUGCUACUCAGGGAUGUUGGCAGUUUGUUGAAUUUAAUAUGCAAAAUGUGACAUUUGCAACUUCAGCAAGUCACUGUGUGUCCCAUCAAGGGCUUGCUAAUCUGCUAGUUGUUAUAACGAGUCAUACGAGCUCUGCCCUGUGCCCCAGACGUGUGACCUCUCAUGAUGUGAGGUGCCAUGACUCGACAUGACUCCCAAGUUCAUUCUCGGUUAUUCUUAGCUUGCUGUCCCAUUUUUGCUGCUACUGAGCUUUGCUAAACCUAGAGGAUGUGCCCCCUCAUGAGCCAUUUAGUUUUGAGCAAGGGGCGAUUGUUUUUCUUCAGACCUGACUGGACUGACAUUUGACCUUGUGCUAAUGUUUGCUGGGCACAGGAUAGAGUUCCACUUCUUGUUUCGUUAAUGCGUUAUUAUAAGCAGAAGGAAAACUGGGGUUAUAUUUAAGAUGAAGUGCUAUAAAUUAAUAUUGUAAACCAUAUCGCCUCUGAAAAUAAAUUUAAUAUUUAC